GCGUCUGCUGACAAAAUCAUUGGUCUUCUCAGCUACACGAAGCGCACCGGGAGACUUUAGCUACCGUGCGCGGAAGCCCGAUGAGUAUAGGUUCGGAAGCUUCGGACAAUGUCACCGCCGUCCUGCUCGACAAAUAACAUUAUCCGCUCUCUGUGUUCCCUUCCCACACGCAAUCGCAAGCAGCGAUGUAGCGACAGUGGUGUCGACGUCUCGGACAAAGGCUACAAGGUAUAAGUAUAAGACUGGUCGGUCGGUACCGGUGUCCUCCAGCCGUCGUGAGGAGCGGGCGACAGAGACUAUAUCUGCCCAUACAACAUGCCUCUCGCAUCGGUAGACGAGAAGGGAACACAAUUCUACUAUGAGGAUACCGGCGCGCCUCCGGGGCAGCCCUCCUACACAACACUGAUCCUCAUACAUGGUGGUGUCUUCCACAGUGCGAUAUACAGGCCCAUGAUCCCCUACGCUGCCGCACGCGAUGUGCGUCUUGUCUUGGUCAACGUCCGUGAUUACCCCGGAUCGACUCCGUAUUCCCCGUCCGAGCUGGCGGCUCUGAACAGCAGCAGCUUGAAUGAGCAGCGGGCCAUGCUCAAUGAGCGCGGUCAGGAGGUCGCUGCGUUCCUCCUGUGGUUCAUUCGGAAGGAAUGCAUACCGCAGAUUGCGGGUAGCCAAGGCGACAGCGGCGCCGGUGGAGGCGGACUAGCCUUGCUCGCGUGGUCUUGGGGCAAUACGAUUACGAUGUCGUUCCUGGCCCAAGCCGCAAAACUCCCGAAGCAUGAUCAGGAGACCCUGGGUUCCUACUUACGAUCUUUGGUCCUCUUCGAUAGCAGUAGCCACGCCCUGGGUGUACCCUCCGACGUAUCAGACUUCAUUAUGAAUCCACUGCGUGACCCGCAGGUACCAGAGGAACAGAAAGGCUGCGCUUUCGAGCGCUGGGUCUCCAGUUUUACGCGCACUCGAUCCCCACAGCCGCGGCGCUGCAGUCCUUCACGCUCGACGAGCUGAAGGCGAGGCUCGCGCAACAGCCGAUCGACGACCCGCCUGCAGAGCACGUAGCAACCAUAGAUCGCAUAUCGCCGA